GAAGCUCCUGCUGGCAAAGCCUCCUUGCCUCGCCUUUCACCUUCCUCGUUCCUGAGGCCAUGCCCAAGGUGAAGAGGAGCAGGAAGCCUCCCCCGGAUGGCUGGGAGCUGAUCGAGCCAACGCUGGAUGAGCUGGAUCAGAAGAUGCGAGAAGCGGAGACCGAGCCUCACGAAGGGAAGAGGAAAGUGGAAUCCCUUUGGCCUAUCUUCAGGAUUCAUCACCAGAAAACCCGUUACAUCUUUGAUCUCUUCUAUAAAAGAAAAGCGAUCAGCAGAGAGCUCUACGAGUACUGCAUCAAGGAAGGCUACGCUGACAAAAACCUGAUUGCCAAGUGGAAGAAGCAGGGUUACGAGAACCUCUGCUGCCUGCGCUGUAUCCAGACCCGGGACACCAACUUUGGCACCAACUGCAUCUGCAGGGUCCCCAAAAGCAAGCUGGAAGUGGGGAGGAUCAUUGAGUGCACUCACUGCGGGUGCAGAGGCUGCUCUGGGUGAAGCCUUUAGCCCCAGGACUGCUUUUUGAACCCUGAGGGGUUCAUCCUAC